AUGUCCUUAAUCGAUUCCUCCUACGGUAAAGCCAACGUCAAGUUCUUGAAAGUCAGACGCGACAAGAAGAACCCAAAGAUCCAGGAAGUGUUGCAGGCCAACUGCCAGGUCUUGUUGAGAGGUAACUUUGAUGUGUCUUAUACUGAUGCCGACAACUCUCCAAUUGUUCCAACCGACACGGUGAAGAAUACUGUGCUUAUUGAGGCUAAGAACACCGAGGUGUGGCCUAUUGAGCGUUUUGCUGCUCACUUGGCUAAGCACUUCACGUCCAAGUACAGCCAUGUAUCAGGUGUUGAAGUGACCAUUGUUCAAGACAGAUGGUCCAAGUUUGAAGUCAACGGUAAGCUCCACGACCACUCGUUCAAGCACGAGGGCCCAGAGACCAGAAGAACGUUUUUGACUUACGAUAAGCCUACGAACAAGACCACCAUUAUUUCAAGCAUCAAGGACUUGAAGGUGUUGAAGUCGACUGGUUCGAUGUUCUACGGCUACAAUGAGUGCGACUACACCACCUUGAAGCCUACUGAGGACCGUAUCUUGUCUACUGACGUUGACGCUUCGUGGAAGUACGAGCUGCAGUUGAGCUCUCUUGACGAUGUCAUGCAAAAAGCCCGUGACGGUUUGUUCGACAACGUCUACAACGCCGCCAGAAGAAUCACCUUGGACCGUUUUGCCUUGGAAAACUCCCCCUCCGUCCAGGCCACCAUGUACAACAUGUCCCAGGAGAUCUUGGAUGCUGCUCCAGCUGUGGACACUGUCAGCUACCUGUUGCCCAACAACCACUUCAUCUUGUUCAACUUGGAAUGGAAGGGUAUCAGCAACGACGAUUUGUUCUACCCAUCCUCGGACCCUAACGGUUUGAUCAAGUCUACUGUGGGUAGAAAGGUUACUGCUAAUCGUCCCAAGACUCCAACCACUGGAUCCUCAGCAUUCCCUACCAAGAGUCUUCUUUUCGAUGUACCUCCUUCCAAAAAGCCCAAGUUUGAACCAAGGUACCGUGAUAUCACCAGGGAAGUCAUCGAACCCAUGAAGGAUUCAAACGAACUUGUCAGCCAGAGCAAUUCCUCGGUGCGUUCAUUUACUCAGUGGUAUAAGCUCCAGGAUUUCAGUUUUGUGGCCAAGGAGAAGCAUAAGCGCAUAGGCGACGCCACCCAAACUGCCGAUCCAAAUCUCGACCAAUUACCAAUUCCAGACCAGAAAUCACUCCUGGAUGCCCAAAAUAAAACCAACUAUGUGACUCCUCCAAUUAACAUCUCCACCACGUUCAAGUAUACCAACGACCCUGACAAGUUGGAAAAGAUGCCUCCAGGGCCAUUCCCUUAUGAGAUUGGAAAACCGGUUUACUCUCGUGAGGGACACCCUUCGGGUGAACUUGUCGAGCUGACAAUUGGAAAAAUCACCAACUCUUAUGCUGUCGCCUACAAUUCAGGCUUGAGUGCUGUGUUUGCUGCCUACACUCACCUUAACCCUAAGGUGUUGUGCAUUGGUAACGGUUACCACGGUGUUCAUGGAAUUGCCGAUAUCUGGACCAGAAACCAUGGCUUGAAGCAGUAUGGCCUUUCUGACGAGGACUUGGAGCAUUUGGGCAAGGGUGACGUCAUCCACUUGGAAACGCCAGUAAACCCUGAUUCCAUCUGUUUUGACAUUCAGUACUUUGCCGAUAAGGCACAUGCCAAGGGUGCUUACUUGGUUGUUGACUCGACCUUUGCUCCACCACCUUUGCAGGACGCUUUUGAGUUCGGUGCUGACUUGGUGAUGCACUCUGCUACCAAAUACUUUGGUGGACAUUCUGACUUGUUGGCUGGCGUCUUGUUGACCAAAAGCAAGGACGUUUGGAGUCUGUUGAUUGACGAUCGUAUCCACUUGGGUACUAACAUUGCUAACUUGGAGUCUGCUCUUUUGCUUAGAAGUUUGAAGACUUUCGAAUUGCGUGUAUUGAAGCAGAGUCAAAGCGCCACAAAGAUCGCUAAGUUCUUGAACGAAAACAAAGAAAAGUACCCAGCUAUUGCCAACGUCUAUCACUCUUCCUUACAGAAGGAUGAGUUUGUGGCUCGUCAAUUAAAGGGCGGUCAUUCUCCCACUUUCGCUUUUGAGCUUCAGUCAGAGGACCAAGCCAGAAUACUUCCAUCUCGUUUGAAGUACUUCUACCAUGCUACCUCUUUGGGUGGCGUUGAAAGUUUGAUUGAAUGGCGUGCCAUGUCUGACCACACCGUUUCGCCUAGCUUGCUUCGUGUUAGUGUUGGUCUCGAGGACGUCGAUGACUUGAUCGAGGACUUUGAACAAGCCCUUAAAGGAAUCUAA